UCUUUUUUUAAACCUCGCAGUGAGUGACAAAGGAAAAGCUGCUGAUGCUGGUGCAAUACUACACUUACUAAGUCGUCUUAGCAGUACAGGUAGGUCCUGGUUAGUGAGCCUAAAUGAGGUAGGUAGGCAGCCUUGAUAGCCUGAUGUGUUUCGUGCCGGCACUGGCAUUGGCUGCAUUCCGCUGAGUCUGAUGACAUCUGUUAGCGGUAUUUAGGCUAUUGGCAGGCUAUUUUAGCACAAGGCGACACGAGACGUGGCCGUCAAGUGCCAUUGGUCAGGUGCUGCUGGAAACUACAAUCGAUAUGGAUGCUCGAACAGGGCGAGUAGUAGACGGCCAUGCGAUUAAUAGUAACAACAACACUAAUCAUUCAACCACCUCAACGUGCAACGUGUAUUACUUUGUAUUUGAAAUCAGUAUUAAAGCCUAUAUACCGCAGGCGAACAUACCUCGAUUUAUCCUCGCUUAGUGUUUAUGUAUAUUGUGCCCCCUCCCCAGGAAUAUCGCGCCGUCUACUAUGCCAGGUCUACAUAUUUUGAUUUUAAAAAAUAAAAAUAAAAAUAAAAAACAAGACGCCAUACAGAUGAAACGGCGACCUCGGUUAACUUGACCUGGAAUUAGAGAGCCUCCCAAGCUAUUAAUGACG